CUGCUUUGGGCCCCUGGCACUGAAGUCAGUGGUCAGAAGAAAUAGACCUUUUAGAGGUCACAGGUCACGGGAGGGGCACUCUGGAACUUCGGAUGCGCUGCCUGCCUACACCGGCACUGCUUCGGGCUCUGGCCCAGGCGGUACGUGCAGGGCGUCCUGGUGCCCGGAGCCUGCACAGCAGCGCAGCAGUGGCCACCUACAAGUAUGUGAACUUGCAAGAGCCCUCGAUGGACAUGAAGUCGGUGACUGACCGGGCGGCUCAAACCCUGAUGUGGACUGAGCUCAUUCGAGGACUGGGCAUGACCCUGAGCUACCUGUUCCGGGAGCCAGCCACCAUAAACUACCCAUUUGAGAAGGGCCCACUGAGCCCACGCUUCCGUGGGGAACACGCGCUGCGCCGUUACCCGUCCGGAGAGGAGCGCUGCAUCGCCUGCAAGCUUUGUGAGGCUGUCUGCCCCGCCCAGGCCAUCACCAUUGAGGCUGAGCCGAGGGCCGAUGGCAGCCGCCGGACCACCCGCUACGACAUCGACAUGACCAAGUGCAUCUAUUGUGGCUUCUGCCAGGAGGCCUGCCCGGUGGAUGCCAUUGUUGAGGGCCCCAACUUUGAGUUCUCCACGGAGACACACGAGGAGCUGCUGUACAACAAGGAGAAGCUGCUGAACAACGGGGACAAGUGGGAGGCUGAGAUCGCCGCCAACAUCCAGGCCGACUACCUGUACCGGUGACGCCCAGCCGGCUCGCGGCCCCGUGGCCCAAUAAAGCAGCUCUGACCUUCC